AUGCCGGGUAGAAGCGUUCAACUGCAUUUGCCGUGGGAGUCUCUUGUAAUGAACGGAGUAUGGGUGGUGGACUGCCCACUCUCCAAGUCGGAAGCGCCGCGAGAUGUUGGCGGCCUUGCCUUCUGCGAUUAUCGUUUUGCGCACCCUUGUACCUUUGGAGAACAAACUGCUGGAUCAAGUGGAUGUUCGUUCCAGUGCGGUGAAAGAAUCGGCUAUCGGAGGAGGGGGUUCCCCUUUGAUUCGCCUUUAUUCCUCACUCGUGGAGUUGCUGCGAAAAUGCUCCCUCUACAAAUGUGUGGUCUGAAAUGGGGACCAAGAUACUCGGUGGCUUUUUUUGUUUGGUUUCUAUUUGUUGUUGUUGUUUCUCUGUUGGGGCGUGCUGACGCAAUGCGCCGUGGGACCUCUCGACAGAGCUACGACUGGAACGGUAAGGGAUGUCUUGGAGUUGUGUGGUGCCGCUCCUCAUCUGCUUCUCUCGUUGCUCACCUCUGCUUUGCUGGGUAG